AUAGCCACUUACCCACAAGCCUGGGCAAAGCUAAGAUAUGGGUGGCAAAAAGAAGCGUAUAAGUUAUAGACAGAGAUGUAAAGAAUAGGUACAAACUGCCAAAGUGGUGAUGGGAGCAUGUAAGCAUUGCGUACCGCCUAGUUUCUGGAUAUGUUUGCCAUGAGAACACAACAAGUUAUUCAACACAUUCUAGACCUAAUGUAGUUUCUUACCACAAUUUACACAUUUGAUGUACCUGUAAGCAUAAAAUGUACCACCAAAUGUCAUUGAAUUUUAGCAAAUUAUGAAAAAUAAAGUUAUGUUGCUUUUUUAAAAAAUCUGUGCUGAGUACAGUUUGUCUUAAUUGAUAGUCAUAGUCAAUCCAAAAAUAGCACUGCUAAGUGUUGCAAGACAUUUAUAUCACCUUGGUGGUUAGUGAUGUCUAUGAUGAAAACUGCCUCGACAGAGACCUUCGCCCCCCUUCUCUAGCAAAAAAAAUAGUUGGCAACCAACUGUUUAAGAGUGACCAUGUAGUUAUGAUGAAGAUCACCCCUGAAUAAUUCUGAGCACUCUCAACUUUUUGCUAUGCUGCCUGUAGUCUGCUUCUUGCUACAGGGUCUGAUAGGGAGAGUAUGCACUAGCUGCUCUCCAGCGUCUGGUCUUUAUUCCUCCAGCGCAGGCUCAUUUCCCAAACAGUGGCUUGAAAUCAAGCCUAGAGGAUGUGCACUUACUUCGGUGAAACAUGAACACAGAAAAGGCAGUUUAUGGACAAGAAGUGCACACUGCACCGUUGUUUCAUUCCAAUCCAUUCUUGAGUUAAAACUGGCAUACUCUUUUCCAGACGUUUAAGAGAAAAGCAGACUGCAUGCCAGACUGCAAGCGGUUAAACUUUUUUCAAACUAUGCGCAAAUGUUUUCAACAGUUUUUGCAACAUAUUUCCUUAGUGUCCCAAUUCCUUAGUUUAGAUCUCUGGCAAAACUUUCACGUUAUCCAAACAGGUUUAUUGAAGUUCAACGGUGUACAGUUCAACCGUGUUAAACGGCCACCCUGGUAAAAACGAUAGGUAAAAACAGUAGAAAGUCCUCAUUAGGACUUUGAUUACUGGCCGCCUAAUAGGGGGGUGGUGGGGGGUUUGUGUUUAAUAGGUGGCCGCUGGUGGCCGACUGCAGGGCUGAGCUUUGAUGAAUAUGCCUACUUUCUGAUUCUCACCCUGCACCCCUUGGCAGGCCGUUUUGGUUUCAAGUACAUGGCCAAGCGCCUUGGAGCUGAUGUGGUCACCUUAGGUUACAUGAACACAGCAUUUUCCUUUGUCCUCAUGUGUGGAGGACCUCUUUAUGGAAGAUUUGGAGAUGUGUUUGGAAGUCGUAUGGCUCUCAUGUUGUCUUGUUCUGCUGCUGUGUUAGCCUAUGGUAUUCUUAGCCUGGCAAACUCAGUGCCAAUGCUUUUUUUGUCCAGAAUUCCUAUGGGCUUUAUGCAUACCUUUCAAGGUCUACAGAUGGUAAUAACUGACAUAUCAGAUAAAACAGGUAGAGCUGAGGCUUUGGGUAAACUUGGUUUAGCUUUCUCUCUGGGAAUCAUGGCUGGCCCAAUGACAGGCGGUGUUGUGGCCGAAAAGUUUGGUGAUCGCAUGGUUGCAUUUACAGCUUCAGCCUUAUCAAUAUCCUCUGUUAUCAUGGUGCAGUUGUUCCUACCCAAGAACACAAAAUCAAAGAUUAAGAAAGAAACUGCAGUUUCAGAUUCUGAACACCUCAAUAAGUCUGGCAUGAGCAGAACAUUAGAGAUGUUAAGUAAGCCGAAAGUGAUGUAUCCACUGGUAUUACGUAUGGCUGCCAUGUUGCCAACGAUAUUGCUGCAAUCCAUGGGUUCAGUUAUUGCAAUGGAGUAUUUCAAACUUGGCCCUCGAGAGAACGGUCUCCUACUUGCGGCCAUUGGAUUAGCUUCAGCAAUAGUUCAAGGUUUUGGUAUUGGCAUGCUGUCAAGAAGAUUUAGUGACCAAUCUCUUCUGUUGCUUUCCUUUUCUAUUUCUGGUUGUGCAUUCAGUAUGAUGUGUUUUGCCACACACACAUUUCUUUAUGUUGUGUCUCAAGUUACCAUGGUAAUCGGGUUCUCCUUAAUGCGCACCAUUACAACUUCCAUGGCAACUAAAGCUGUCAAUGCUCAUGAUACUGGGCUUUUGUUGGGGCUGAAUGCAACCAGUGAGGCCUUUAUGAGGACAGUAACUCCUGCAAUUGGAACCUUUAUGUUCUUAAACUAUGGCUGGCAAUCAUUUGGUACCCUGGGAACUACCAUUGAUUUUGGUGUGGUUGUAAUACUACUGGUCAAGGGACUAAACUAAAUACAACUGUUUUGACAAAGGUU